AUAAAAUUCUGCGACUCUUGGACCUCUCGAUCCCCAUUUGUUGGUGCCUUCCCAUCAGAGGACACAGACACACUGUGCCUUCAAAACGCGCCGUUUUGCGUUCGAAUUCAACUCCAUUGGAGUUUGGUUGCCGAGAAGACAGACGAAAAUAAACCAAAAAAAUAACGGGAAGGGAAAGAAAAAUCCGAAGCUUUGAGUUUUGAAAUUACAGUACUUACAUAGAUAAGAUUUUUUAAUACUUGCUUUUUAUGAGAUGGUGUUUUGUAAAGCCUGUGCAAGAGAUGUUCCUGGAAUUCGUGAUGGUGAUGGGCUUUUAUCCUGUAGCAGGUGUGGUAAAGUUCUUAAAUUUGAUAAUUAUUCAACUGAAGCCACAUUUGUGAAAAAUGCGUCAGGGCAGAGCCAAUUGGCAGGAAAAUUAGUGAGGAGUAUUGAAAGUGAAAAUUUUUCAAGGCAAAGGUUAUAUGAUAAAGCUUAUGAUGAUUUGACAAAUAUAAAAAAUGGCUUGGGCAUGGGUGAAAAUCUUGCCAUAGUUGACCAAGCUAUGGUGUAUUAUCGAAUAGCAGUUGAGCGAAAUUUCACUAAAGGACGUAGAACAGAGCAAGUACAAGCUGCUUGUCUUUACAUUGCAUGUCGGGAGAAUAGAAAGCCGUAUCUUCUUAUUGAUUUUUCGAAUUACUUGAAGAUCAAUAUUUAUGUGCUGGGUGCUGUAUUUUUACAGCUCUGCAAAGUUUUGAAUCUUACAGAACAUCCCAUUUGCCAGAAACUUCUUGAUCCAUCCAUUUUUAUUCAUAAAUAUACAGCUAGUUUAGCAGGAGGAAAAAAUAAGGAUAUUUCUGAUGCUGCACUGACCAUCAUAGCUAGCAUGAAUCGUGAUUGGAUGCAGACAGGGAGGAGGCCCAGUGGGUUAUGGGGUGCGGCAUUAUAUAUAUCUGCACUUUCACAUGGACUCAACUGUUCUAAAUCAGACAUCUUGAAAUUGGUGCAUGUUUGUGAAGCAACACUCUCAAAACGAUUGGUAGAAUUUGAGAGUACAGAGUCUGGCAGCUUAACGAUUGAGGAACUGAAUGCAAAGGCAGAAGAGCUUAAAGAAAGUUCAACAGAUCAAUCAGAUAUUAUGUUGAAGACAUCAAGCUCAAAAGAGUUGCUUUGUCAUCACAAGGGUACUAGUAGACUUCCUUAUGCCUAUGGUCUUUGUAACGAGUGUUAUGCGUAUUUCAUAGGAUUUGAGGGUGGAUCGGAUCCUCCAGCUUUCCAGCGUGCUGAGCGGCAAAGGAAGGAAAAUUCUUCUGCUAUGAAUAAGACUGAUGACUCAAAUGUGUUUGAGGAGUUGAACAGUCAGCAUAUGGGCAGAGAUGAAAGAGUGCAGUCUACUGAGCCAGAAAGUGUUGGGGUAGCUGCUCAGAAUAUGCCUGCUGAUGAUGGUGGUUGUGAUCAAUUUAGUGGAGAUGACGAUACAUGUUCUAAAGCUCGCGAUGAAUCAGACAACUUUUCUGAUAUUGAUGAUGCUGAGGUUGAUGGCUACCUUCACAAUGAGGAGGAGGUGCAGUACAAAAAAAUCAUUUGGGAAGAAAUGAAUAGGGAGUAUCUUGAGGAACAGGCAGCUAAGGAGGCAGCUGCUGCAGCUGCUAAGGAAGCUUGGGAGGCAAAUUUCAAGAACUGUCCAGAGGACAUGCAAGCUGCAAAGAAGCUUGAAGCUGCUGUUGCAGCAGCUGUAGCAAAAUCGAAAAAGGAAAGGCAACAAAAACGAGCUGCAGAAGCAAGAAACUCAGCUCCUGCACAAUCUGCUUCAGAAGCUGCCCGCCAAAUGCUGACAAAGAAGAGACUCAGUUCAAAAAUCAACUAUGAUGCCUUGGAGAAACUCUUUGAUGAACCUGGCUCUAAGGAUCCCAAGAAACCAAGGACUGAAUCAUAUUCUGAUGAUGACAACAAGUUUCCAAAUACAGAUGACAAAAAUGAUGACUUGGGGCCAGAAAAUGAAAAUGAGGACGGGAAGGAUGCUGAAGCAUAUGAUUACAAUGAUGAUCAUUAUAAAGAAAAUAUGGAAGAAGCAUAUGGUUAUGACUACAAUGAAAAUGAUGAUUAUGGUGUUUAUUAGCCAUGGCAGAUGGUUUUUCUUGCUCGUGAUAUUCAUUCAGAUCUUCUUGAUAAAUAGCUGGAGAGGAGGGGAUCAUCUUUCUUGAAACUAUCUGAAUGGAUUGGUUGAUGCAUGUGCUCAUCGUGCUGAUGUGCAUCUUUUUCCGAAGUAUUGAUGUAUUCUUCUGCAGCAUUCUCCAGGCAGUACAUUACUUAAUUCAGACUGUAGAAUAGACUCUUCUCCUUUUCUGUAUAAGUUCAUGUCAUUAUCUUUUAUAGGUUUUUUAGAAACCUUGGAAUUUAUUUAUUUAUUUAUUUUUAAAGAAAUAGAGAGGAGAAGAGGAGGCUGAGAUCUGCCCUCAUCCAAAGGUGUAAUUAUUGGGAAACAUGUCAGAGGCAUAUCAAAGUCUGGUGGUAACUCUAUUCUUAUUAAACAUUAUUCUUAGAAAUUUACAAAUUUUAUAAUGAAACCAGUGUACUUCUGAA